AUGAUUCUCCCAACACAGAAGCUUAGCAAUGGAUUGCAUAUUCCAACAAUCGGCCUUGGAACAUGGGGGCUUGUAGAUCCAUGCGUCCUUGAGUGUUCAAUACGAAAUGCAAUUGAGCUGGGAUACAGGCACAUCGACACUGCACAUAUAUAUGGAAACCAGAAGAAAAUAGGGCAGAUCUUGAACAAUCUGUUCUCAGAAGGCGUGGUUGAAAGGAAAGACCUGUUUAUAACAUCCAAACUUUGGAAUGAUUCGCAUGAUGAUCCAAUGGCUGCUAUCAAGCAAACCCUGGAAGACCUACAGCUCGAAUAUGUUGAUCUCUACCUGAUUCACUGGCCAGUCAGAUUCGAGCCUGUUGCAGAUGGAGAGGUAAUACUUGGCCAGGAUAGGUUUCGGCUGGGUGUAUUUGAUCCUGUGCUGCUGUGGAGGAAGAUGGAAGAUCUUGUUGAUGCAGGCUGUACAAGGUCAAUAGGAAUCUCAAACUUUGGUAUUGAAAACACCAAGAAGGUUCUUGAAGUAUGCAGGAUAAAACCUGCAGUUUCACAGUUUGAGCUGCACCCGUACCUGAAGCAAACAGGUCUUGUUGAAUUUCUACACGAGCACGGCAUUCAGAUAGUCAGCUACUCAUCUCUUGGCUCUACUGCCGAUUGCAGCCUGAAAAUACGGGACGACAAGACAAUCGGAAUGAUUGCUGAGAAGUACGGGUGCUCGCCAUCGCAAAUAAUAUUGAGCUAUCUUGCAAUGCAGGGCAUUUGUGUGAUUCCUAAAAGCACUUCUAGAAAGCAUCUAGAAGAAAACAUGGAUCUAAGGGCUCUCAACCAAGAAGACAUGCAUAUAAUUGAUGGCAUUGAUAUCAUCCACAGAUACGUUGAUCCUACAUCUUUUGGAGAAUCAAGAUUUGAUUAA